UAACUGUUUAGCAUUACGUUUCUAAAUUCAUGGCUCUGUACACGUAUAGAUAGUUACGCUAUGUUCUAGGUAGCAAUAACUAAUAUUAGCCAGCUAACUUACUAGCGAGGCCCUUCAGGGGUGAAGUUAGCUGACUAAACUUACUCAACUCGGGUUGGUUGACAACGUCACGCUAAGUAUGCGUGCGCAUCGAUGUGGCCGGAAAUUGUGUUAUGAUGCUGAAGUGUUGUGAUUCUGAUAACUGUCAGAUAGCUGUCAACAAUGACAAGAAGCUGUCUCAUUGUAUCUUCUUAUUGAUACCAUGUUUUGUUUUGAGGUAUUUGAUUUUUGCUAGCUAGUUAACAAACAACUGUACAUUUGAGACAAGCGCUCAUUGUGCAAAUGUAUUUGUUUUCAAUAAACAUUUUGAGAGUAAAUCUAGUUUACAUGUUGUCAACAAUCUAAAACAACCCUGUCUGUUUUGUCCAAUAGUUGGGACUGUGUCAGUUUUGUUUCUUAAACUACCAACCCAUCUAUAGAGAUCCUAUUAAAUUUGAGUAUUCUAAUUAUAUGAUACCGGCUAUGUAAUAUAAUAGUGAACGUUAGCAUUAGUAAACAAGCAGACAGUUUAUCCAGAGUUUAGCUAGAGCUGUAAUGCUAGUCAAUUUAGCUAACCUGUUUGGUAAAAUAACUAACGUUAGUGUUGUAUGAUGUGCUCAUCUGUAAUUAUUAGGUAGCUAGCUAGCUAGCCUAGUACUAUGACUAUGCUAGCAACUAAUAAACAUUAGCUAACUAUUAGCUAACCUAGUUGGCCAACUAGGGGUGUAUUCAUUAGUCGAAUUCCAUUGCAAAACGUUUCUUCUGUUGCAAUUGCAAAACUUUUGCAACAGAAAUCAUUACGCGUUUAUUCUAGGAAGCAAACAGAAUGAAACGGGGAGGGACCUACACGGAAUUUGUCCAAUAUAAAUUGUUUUUGUUGCAAAACGUUUUCCAUUUGAAGUAAAUGAUUUCCGUUUUGCAACAGACCAAAUGUUUUGCUAUACAAUCCGACUAAUGAAUAGUCUAAACGGGAUCCUUGGGACGUCACCCCAAUUGACAUUUUAAAAUGGUUAAGGUAAGGGUUAGGUAAGGGUAUGGCUGUCCCAAGGAUCUGGGUAGCACUAAGCAAUAAAUCAUUCUUGGUGUUGUUUUCUAGAUGUAAGAUUCAGUACUCAAAGCUUAGCCUAAUGCAAACUGCAUGGUCCUGUUUAGGUCCAGUGUUGGCUCCCUUUGCUUUCAAUAGCCCAUGAUUGAAAUGAAAGAGCAGAGGUAGUGGAUGUUGACUGUCUUUUAAAGGUGCAACCUUUUGUUACUAUUGAGGAUAGUAUGAGACACUGAGUAACUAACUGCUUGUGCAAGAACUGCAGCAAUGAAAAUGCAUUUAAGAGCCUGGCUUGUUUUGAAAUUUAGGCUGCCUAUGUCAUUGUGUUUCUGGCCCCUCCUGACAGCUUGUUGCCUUAUUCCAUGAUCUUUAUCAAUCAGUCAGUCAUAGGGAAUCAAUACUAUCCUGGUGUUUUCCAUGCUUGUCUGCAGAUUUUUUUGGAACCAACACCAUUUUACUGUGAAACCAAUAAUGGAACUGAUACUGUAUGUCGUUACUGAGGAGGAGUUCCGUGGACCCUUCGUGUCCAGAAGUAAUUUAGCCAUUCAUUGUGGUCAUUGCACUCUGUAGAGUUGCUAUUUUCUUGAGUUUUCUCAUGUCAAUUAACUUGUGACUUUGCUUGAUUACUCAUAAAUAAAGUCAGAUUUAAGAAGGUUAAGGGUACAAGACCUUGUACUCAGCUGGCUUUGUUGGCAAAAUCACUACAUAUCCCAUCGAGCAAAGCAGGGAGAGGUUUCCCGUUGUCACCGUUCCGACGCCAGUGGAUCUCAAAACUGAACUUGGAUCCACGUUAAGUAGCAAUGAUAUCCUAUUCAAUAAAACAAUCAUUUGUUUCUUUCCAACAAUUUUCUUAAUUACAUGGUUGUAUAACUAGCAAAGGAGUUUUGAAGUUGAGGGUGCAGUAUUUAUAAAGUUUAGCAAUAGUAAUGAUUGAUUAGUAAUGCCUGACGAGUUCCUAUAAAUUGGUGUCUGUUACGUGAACUGAUUUAAGAUGGUUUUUGCUUUCUGAGAAUAAAGUCACGUUUUAUGAGCUCCUGUAUGCUGCUUCUGUCUAGUCUUAACUUUCCUUUUAGUUGAUGUUCCACCCUCUGAACGGCACAUUAUAUUACCGUCAAUGCGGAAUUCUUAAGAGGACUCUCAUUGUCACUUUGUGUUGCUUGAAAUAAAUUUAAGUUGAAAUGAAGGUUGCUUUGUUUCAAUGCUGGGGUAACCAUUAAGGGUGAGGCUCCUUGACAGAGAGAAGCAGUGCUAAUGAUGGCUCUGCACGGCAGCCUUACUUAGCCUAAAUGUUGUGAAUUUGUUAUUUGGGGUAGAUCUGGUGAUGCUGUUAAGAGAAUGUUGGUCAGUGAGAGCAAGAGAUGCUUUAUAAAGAAGAAUAGUGUAUUCCACUCUCGCUGUCUGUGGAUCAAGUCUCAAAACUGGCCUUCACAUGUUGAAACGUUUCUGGUUUACGUUAAGCCUACAUUCCUCUCCCAAACCUGAGUCAUAUACAAGUGAAAAUAGAGGAACAUGUUGGAGUGGAAGGCAGAGUUUAAAAUUAAAAAAAAUGAGUCUGUUGUUUCUUAUUUAGUGAGGGACAAACUGUACUUGGUUACAUUCCCAGAACUAUUCCUACUCAGAGCAUUUCAACACACACUGUGCCAGAUGCCAAUCGCAACUUUUAACGGGCUGUGGUUUCACAUUUGAUUGACAGACAGGUGGUAUAACGUUUGACCUUUGGCCUGCUGUUAUGUGUGUUGAUGUGUAUAGCCUACAUGUGUUCCUGAAUGUCUCUGUGUGCGGGCAUGCCAGUGUCUGUGUGUCGUAAUCCCCAUGACUGGACAACUAGCUUUGGACCACAUGACUACGCUGUGGCACAAUGACGUCUAGGAAGAAAGUACUACUUAAAGUAAUCAUUCUGGGAGACUCUGGAGUUGGGAAGACUUCCCUGAUGAACCAGUAUGUGAAUAAGAAGUUCAGUAACCAGUACAAAGCCACAAUUGGAGCUGAUUUUCUGACGAAAGAAGUGAUGGUGGACGACAGGCUUGUCACCAUGCAGAUCUGGGACACAGCGGGGCAGGAGAGGUUCCAGUCUCUGGGUGUGGCGUUCUACCGCGGGGCAGACUGUUGCGUGCUGGUGUUUGACGUGACCGCCCCCAACACCUUCAAGACCCUAGACAGCUGGAGAGACGAAUUCCUCAUACAGGCCAGCCCCCGAGACCCCGAGAACUUCCCCUUCGUGGUGCUAGGCAACAAGAUUGACCUGGAGAACAGACAGGUGACGACUAAACGAGCACAGGCCUGGUGUCAGAGCAAGAACAACAUCCCCUACUUCGAGACCAGCGCAAAGGAGGCCAUCAACGUUGAACAGGCUUUCCAGACUAUUGCACGCAAUGCUCUUAAACAGGAGACAGAGGUGGAGUUGUACAAUGAGUUCCCUGAACCGAUAAAGCUGGACAGGAACGAACGUUCCAAGCCAUCAGCGGAGGCCUGCAGCUGCUGAGGUCCUAGCAGACUUACUGGGGUGCAACUGUCAGCCCUUCUACCCUGUCUUGCCUUGUCUAAACUCUAUGCCUCACUGUGUGCUCCCCUUUGCCCAAUAUUAUCACUGGCCUUCGUAGAUGCGAGUUCUGCUCGAAAAGUAUACUUUACACACAUGCUGCACUCACACCCCAGUGUACACAUCACACACUUACUCUCAAGAUAAGUCUCCAAGCCCAAAGAACACCCAGAUGGAUAUUAGAGCAUUUAUUAACCUGAUAUCUGCUUAGUAUUUCCCCCUUAACUGUCUCAUGACACAAAUACCUUUUUAAAGACACCAUUGUUUCCAUGGCACCACCUGACCUCACACACACGCAUACAUACAGAAAUAAAAUCCUAUGACAUUUUAAAGGGGGGGUUAGUUCCAGUGGUAAAGGAGGUUGUGAAGGAUCAGAAUGACUAAUUUAUAUAUAUAUAUAUAUAUAUGUGUGUGUGUGUGUGUCAUGCCAAUGUACUGCCCAAAGAUACAUGUGUUAAUUGUCUUGGAAGUGACCUAGCAAGUCCAACAUACGAGUGUGUUGUUCAUGGCAUUUCUUUGCACUUUGUCAUGUAGACUUAUUAAAAUCCUGUUUGACACCUCAUUUUGGAGCCACAAUAUAAACCCACAUUUUAAGUCGAGGCAGUGUGGAUUUGAACUCUGCUCCCCAACUUCAGUGAUGUCCCCUAACUGCCCUACACAUGCUUUGUUUCUCAAUGGGGAAAGUCAAGCAGCAAAUUGUUGUCAUCAUUCUGCGACCUGACACAAGGGGUAGAGAAUCAAAGGGAGGACGUCCUAUCUGAUACAGCUGGGGGAGGGAACAGAGAUUUUUCAAGCAUAUAAAUAUGACUCGUUAUUGCCUCUUGUCUUAUUUUUACUGGCAACUGUUGCAAGACUAUGUGCAAAUCUUUAAGUCUGUCAAUUGUUUUGCGUAGGCAAAAACCACGUAUGUUGUCAGUUUCCAUAUCUGCUGAUAGCUCAGGUGGCAAAUGAUUUGAUAAGUUCUUGAUAUUUCCUUUAACUGAUCAGAUCUUCUGUCUGUAUAUUGUUAUUACUAUGUUUAGUAUUUGAAUUGCAUCAGAGGACCGAGAACACAACUUUUUAUUUAAAUUAUACAAAAAAUAUGGGGGAAAUCUGUUAGCAUGAAUCAUAUUAAUGAAGUGACUUCAUCUACAUUGUUUGAAAAUGUUUUUGGGGUUUCAAGGAACUGAUAAAAGUCAUUGAAUAAAGAAUGUGUGUGUUUCUGCAAGGAGAACAUGUAAAGCAUAGGUGACUAUCAAGGCUCAUACACACAGUUGUUCUACUACACUGAACAAAAAUAUAAACGUAACAUGUAAAGUGUUGGUCCAAUGUUUCAUGAGCUGAAAUAAAAGAUCCCAGAAAUUUUC